AUGCAAAUCCUCAACAACUUAAUUUCGAAGAGGAAAACUCGAGGAAAAGGUGAAACAGAUGCAAAUCCUCAACAACUUAAUGUUGCUAAAUGCCAGGCUAAUGCUCGUACAGAAGUUGAACGAUGGGUUCGACGAGCAUUGGAUAAAGGAGUUAGUGGAUUACGUGAGGAAUUUUUAAGUUUGAAACGCUAUACUCCAGAAGGUAUGACUACGAAUGCAUUUCAAGGCACUUUUGAAGCAGGAAAAUCACGAUAUAAAGAUGUCCCAUGUCAAGAUAAAUGUCGUGUUAUACUACGAUGGCCUGGUGUUAAAGAUGAUUUCAUUCAUGCAAAUUACAUUGCAACACCAAUUAAUGAGAAACGCUUCAUUUGCACUCAGGGUCCAAUGCCAAAUAGUGUGGUCGAUUUUUGGCAUAUGGUUAUACAAGAGGAAAGUGAUAGUAUCGUGAUGUUGACAAAUAUAAUUGAGAAAGGAAUGAAUAAAUGUGAACAAUAUUGGCCUAAUGAUGCUGGACAAACAGCCUCAUUUGGCGACAUUACAGUUUCAAAUAUAGGGGUACGAUCACUGGCACCAGAUGAAACAACUGUACGAGUUUGUCUUUUGAAAGUUCAAUGGAAGGAAAGUGGUCAUGAUAAAAGUCGUGAAAUACGUCAUUAUCAGUGGAUUAAUUGGCCAGAUCGUGGUGUACCACCAUGUCGACUUACUUCAAUGGUUCUUUUAUCGAGUAUUCGCGGUACCAAGAAACCAAUAGUGGUACAUUGCUCUGCUGGUAUUGGUAGAACCGGUGCAAUUGUAGCAAUUGAGUAUAUUCUGGAGAAACUUCAGCAAGGUAUAGCAUGUGAAUCAAUGGAUGAAAUUCUGAAGGAGCUUCGAAAUCAACGACCAUUUACCAUACAAAAUGAUAUGCAAUAUCUCUAUGUGCAUCGAGUAAUGCUAUUUUAUUUCAUUGAUAAAUAUAAAGUUUUUGCUGACAAUGAUGAUUUGAUGGCGAAAUAUAAGCAAUUCGUUGCUGAUUAUGAUAAAAUUAUGAAAUGA